AUGUCAUUUAAAGUUGGGGUAAGAGUUGAUACAGAUAGGGGACCAGGAGUAAUAGAAUUCUGUGGUGAAACCAAAUUUGCGGAAGGUACUUGGAUAGGCAUAAAUUUGGAUGAACCGAAUGGGAAACACAACGGUACAGUAAAAGGAAUACAGUAUUUUGCAUGUAAACCGAGUCAUGGCAUCUUUUUGAGAGCAAAUCAAAUUCGUCUGGAAUCUCGAGGCAAAUAUGGCUCACGUUUAUCUACCAAUGUUCGAAAAAAUAUCUCUCCUGGACUGACACCAUCAUCUUCUGCUGAAAAACUGAAGAAUCUAAGUGGAACGAGUGGUUUGUCUGCAAAAAAGCUUUAUUCUAAAGAAGACAGGAAAGGAAGUGUUGAAAAAUCUGAUAGUCAGUCACUUUUGCAGGCAGCUGUAGAGGAUUCUUGUUCAUAUGAGAAGUCUCCUGUCAGUGAGACCAGGUAUAAAUCGGUUGCAAUUCCGACGAAGAGUUCCACUGUAAACGAAUUAGAAAAUUUAUCGAGAGCAACCAGUGUGGAAGAUAUUGCAACAGCAGAGAGUGUAAAAAACAUCGUCAAAAAGAUGGAAGAGUCAUCUUUGUUAGUUCCACGACCUCCUAAUAUGGAUGAACGAAGCGAACUCGAAUGGCUGCGUAUACAGCAUAAGGAUCUCUCUGAGAAACUGAAAAGUUUAAGAAUCAAAAGGAAAGAUGAUUACAUUAAAUUGGUUGAAUUUGAAAGAAACCGAAUACAAUUAGAAUCAUUGCUUCAGUUCAGAGUCAGAAUAAUUGAGGAGAAAGCUAGUCUACAACGCAAAUUACAGGAAAAGGAAAAGGAGUUAAAAGAUGCACUCGAAUCGAAAAAAAACGAAAGUGAUGACAUUACAGAACUUGAAGAGCGUCUUGAAUUAAUAGCGAUUGAAAAGGAGGUGGCUGAAGAAAAGGUCGACAUACUGCAGACCGAAAUUGAAGCGGAGAAACAACGAUCGCAAGAAAUAGAAGUUGAGCUGGAAUUACUACGCAACAAAUUAGAGCAAUCAGGCGAUAGUUCGUCUGAGUAUAGCAGCGUGCAGGUGAAACAACUGGAACAACAGAAUGAGAAGCUUCGUGAGGCGUUAGUAAGGUUGCGAGAUAUCACAGGACAACUGGUAAUUGAAAAGCAGGAUUUAACAAAAGAAAAUGAAAAGUUGAAAGAUGAAUUAGCCUCUUUGACAAAAAUGAGUGAAAAAAUAAAGGAGAACUCGGAAGAAUAUGAAAAUAUCAUUGCAGAGUUAAGAGAACAAGUAGAUAUAGCAAUGGGAAGUGAGAAAAUGAUAGAAAAAUUGACAGAUAUAAACUUGAAUAUGGAAGAUAAAGUCAGAGCUUUGGAGGAAACGAUUGAUGAUUUUGAAACUAUGCGUGCAAUGGAUGAAGAAAUAUUAGAGAAUCAAAAAGAUACUGAAAAGGAGUUGAGGGAAGAGCUUGAUAAAGCGUAUGGGAAGAUCAAUGAGUUAUUGCUACAAAUAAAGACUUGUGGUGCGCAAGCGGAAGAUUACGAAAAAACGAUUCUCAUGUUUCGUAAGAAAGUUAGCGAUCUAAAUGAAGAAAUCCAGGAUCGUUAUGAUGAUAAUUUACAUAUGCUAGAACAAAUAAAAAUUCUCGAAGAAGGAAUUGCUGCUCCUGGAUUGAAAAGUACCGGUUUUACCUCUGCACGCGUAUUUUCGGAAAUUGUGGAUGCUAAGGUGCAAUCGUUAGAAUUGGAAUCUGCACAUCAAUUUAUCAGAUAUCUGAAAGCCUUUAUGCCAGAUAAUUUUAUGAAACCAGGGGGUGACAAUGAUGCAGUAAUACUUAAUGUCUUGUUUCCACGGCUGUAUCAAAAAUCAGUGGCCUUGGCAAAGCUUAUGAGUAGUAAAUACCCUGCAGUACCAGGUGGUAUGCGUCGUGAACAUGUUACCAAAUCACACAAGGCUGAGCAGUGGGCACAUUGUGCAAAGUUUAAUUAUUUAUUGAAUGCAUUUGAAUGUAUCCUACGAAAAUUUGAGAGUGCAAUACAACGCUGUUCAGUAGAAAGACUGUCACGCUUGGCACAACUUCAGUUAGAAAUGGUAACACAGGAAAGGAUGAUCGAUCAAUAUAUUGAUUUAUUGAAGACUGAUCGUCUCGAUGAGAAUACCUCUUCAGCAAAUCUUGAGAAAGGAAUAACAUACUUCCAGAAUGUUUUCUCAGUUCACAUGGUUUCUGAGGAAUAUGAUAUGAAACAGGCAUUUUCUGAUUUUAUUGCUCAACUACUCUCUGGUUUGGGUUGGAUGAAAAUAAAUGUUCAGCGUUUCACAUACUUUUUAUUGCCUGGUAUUGAAAAUAGCGAUAUUAAUAUUCUUGCUGCUACCUUAAUGGGAUUAAUCACGGAAUGUGAGCAGCUAACAAUUCAUUCAAGAAAUAGUAUCGCAGCACAGAAGGAAAUGACAAUAAACCAACAGGUUGAUGAGCACUUAUUAAGUGCAGGCAACAUCCUUUGGAAAUUAGCAACUGUUGCGGACAAUGUCUGUGCUACAGCAAGUAUACAGCUAAGUACAUAUACUGAUGUUGAAGGAUUGCAAAGUGAGCGAAUUAAAGAACUGUUACUGGGAGCCGUUGAAAAAAUGAAUGGUCAAACUGACAGCGCCAAGGUCCAAGAAAUUAUUAAGAAUGAUAUACUUACACUAAAAUCGAUUCUUGCAAAGUUAGCUGAGCAGUUGGACAGUGGGAGCUUGGAAGUAGAAACAGACAAUAAGAAGCCAUUUCCGCCGCUUUUGGAACGAGCUCAUGCUCGAAAACAGGAUGCAGCGGAAACAGAAGAACUUCGUUGGCAAUUGGAAAAAAAGGAAAAUGAAAUAUCUGAUUUGAAGAAAACGCUUCGAUCUAAGGCAGAUGAUAUCAGCAAUUAUAGGCUUCGCUUAGAAAUGGCUGAUAAAAAAAUAGAAACAUCGGGGAAAGCUGAUGAGUCACGGGUGUUGAGCUUGCAGUCACGUUGUGAUGAAUUGCAAAGCGAAUUGAAAAGGAGGAGAGAUGAGUACGAAGAGACAAUGGAUGCUAUACAAAGAGAUUUGGAAGCAUGUGAAAAGGAGAAUAUAGAACUGAAAGAACGUGCUAGAAAUAUGAGCAAAAAAGCUUUGUUAAUGAACCUGAGCAGUAAUCUGACAUCAUCCGGUUCUUCGCUGCCAUCAACACCAACUGCUACCAGUGGCAGUGCAUUUACAUAUGCGACUGAAAUCAGUAUUCUGGAAACAGCAUUAAUUGAAAAUCAAAAUGCUCUCAAAUUUGCAAAUGAGAAAAUACGUCACUUAAAGGUUGAAGGCAUGCUACAGUUGUUGUCAGAUACCGGAGUGUCUAAUGUUUCAGCUGAAAUCGCUGGACCACUUACACUAGAUGCUGCUCAGGGACCAUAUAAAGAAGAACUUGACAAGUUGAUUAGAGAAGCGGAAGGCAUUAUAAAUGAAGCUCGGAAUUACCAAUUGCCUUAUAUAGCAAAUUUGGAUAAGCAGAAAAAAGCGCAGCUUGCUGAGGAGCAACAGUAUUACUCGAGUGUUCGAGAUGUCAAUUAUAGGAUCAAUAAUUUGAAAUUAAAAAUUCAUCGCUUCUGGUCGAAAUAUAAUCCCGGGAAACCACUUCCAAGCUUGUUUAAUAAUAUAAAAAGCAUUGUUGUAGAGAGGCCGAAGUACUCGCAAAGUGAUGAUCGAGGUGUGCAUUCGAAUGCAUACAAGAACGCCUAUAGUUUUUUAUUUGAUAAGUUGGACGUGGAGCGCAAAAAGUUUGAGUCACAACGUGUUUGCUGCUGA